AUGUCAUCUGCCGUGCCAACUACGCCAACUACCACACGGGUUCAAAGCGCGCAUGUCCUUAACUCCCCACACUAUACCACAACACGGAGACAUUCUUUAUACGGAACGGAAGAUCGUAUUAUCCUUGACCCAGGUUCUCGUGUUUGGAAAGUUGGGUUCAGUGGGGAAGGCAAACCGCGGGAUGUAUUCUCAGUAAACGAUGGAGAAGGAUUAUGGAACUUCAACACUAUGCGACCAGCAGCAGAGAGAGAAGAGUUUGAGAAGUUGAUAGAACAGAAGAUCCAAGACUGGUUAAGAAAGGUAUUCUAUAAUAAGUUGCUUGUAGAUCCCAAGGCACGUAAAAUCAUAAUCGUGGAACACCCAUUGCUUCCCCUUUGCGUGAAGAAUAUGUUCGCCAAGGUGCUAUUCCAAAACUUGCAGGUUCCUUCUCUAUCAUUCGCCCCCAGCCAUGUGCUGGCAUUACUUGCAGCCGGACGCAUCACCGGACUUGUCAUUGACUGUGGUCACUUGGAAACGACUGUAUUGCCUGUAUUUACUUCCAGGCCCCUGUUUUCCCUUCUCUGUACGACCCCUCUCGCGGGUGCACGACUAACUACUCACCUCCGCGCACUUUUGCUACUACAUGGCACAUACAUACCCCCGCAAUCAACACUAUCUGGUCCAGCGACCAGCAUCCCAGAAAUGCAACGCGCAAAACGUAUACCCCCAAGCAUACUCACAGAUGCACUAGUCGAGACGAUUAAAACGCGCGCAUGCUUUGUGGGGUCCCCUAUCUCGCCGGAGGACGACCAAGACCAAGAUGUGACGAUGAUGGACAUUGUGCCUACCCCUUCAUCGGCGUCGGCGUCCGACGCCGGGCUUUACGAUACGCCCCCAAUGUCUGAGGUUCACACCCCCUUGAGGACAACAGCUUCGUCGACUGCGGGGUCGGUAUCCGGAGCUGCGUCGGUAUCUGGAGCUGGAUCAGUAUCUGGUGUGGGCCCAAGCCGCAGAGAAGAACGCGAGAUAGACCCAAUGGCAAAACAUUCACGGGCUACUGAUUUACGCAUCGCGGUUGGCGUGGGUGCUGGGCGCGGAGUGGUCAUCAUCCCAGGUUGGGUGCGCGAACGAGCAGCUGAGGCAUUGUUUACGGGCGGAGAUGUGGAUGAGAGGAGCGUGGCUGAGACUGUGCUUGAUUGUCUGCGCAAGGUUCCGGUCGACCUGAGAAAAGAAUUGAUUUCUUCGUUACUUGUCGUUGGAGGCACAUCAAUGCUUCCAGGGUUUGUCUCCCGACUACACGCAGAGCUUAAAUCGCUCUUAUCCACGUCUAUAGCGAAUGUUGAAACACCGCCGGCUUCUGACCCACCAUCACCUACCACACCUACUAUUUCGACUUUGCCUAGGAUAGCAGUUCCGCCACCUCUUGUAUCUGUAGGCAAGCGGCGGGCCAGACAACCAUAUGACCCCUAUGCACGAUUGCGUCCGCUCGCGCCACAUUUAGCAAUAAUUAACGCACCUGCUGGAGUCGGAGACGGCCACCAAAAUUCAGGCAAAGCGCCUGCUUUCGCCCCCAGUGCGCUUCCUUGGGUCGGGGGCUCGCUCGCGGGAUCAUUGAAGAUAGGAGGAGAGGAAAUUCCUCGCGAAAAGUAUGAAGAAGCUACGUUAUCGAUGGAGGAAGAAGUGGAAACAGUCGCUGCACCUGGUAUUGUCAGUGGACGACGGGAAGGGUACUUCUUGCCUGACUGGACAAAAGGCGUUAUGAUGGUCGGGGCGCCAAAUGCGGCGAUUAUCCCACCAGGUACCAAUAUGGAUACCACCACGUAA